CGCCGCAAAAUUGAAAUCAAGUUCAUCACAGAUAAGGGUAGGAGACACAUCACCUUUUCGAAGCGCAAGGCCGGUAUUAUGAAGAAGGCGUAUGAGCUUUCUGUGUUGACUGGCACACAAGUCCUCCUACUCGUUGUCUCGGAGACUGGGCUCGUCUAUACGUUCACAACGCCCAAGCUACAGCCGCUCGUGACCAAGUCAGAGGGCAAGAACCUGAUUCAGCAGUGUCUCAAUGCUCAGGAC